AUGUUGCAGCUAAACAUCUUGCUCACAGGUACACCAGGGGUUGGAAAAGCCACACUAGGUAAAGAAUUUGCAUCGAGAUCAGGACUGAAAUACAUUAAUGUGAGUGAUUUAGCUAAAGAAGGACGGUUAUAUGAUGGCCAUGAUGAAGAGUAUGAUUGUCCCAUUUUAGAUGAAGAUAGAGUCAUUGAUGAGUUAGAAAACCAAAUGAAAGAAGGUGGCGUGAUUGUUGAUUACCAUGGUUGUAACUUCUUCCCUGAACGCUGGUUUCAUAUAGUUUUUGUGCUGAGAACAGAUAACAGCAUACUCUACAAAAGACUUGAAACAAGGGGUUAUAAUGAAACGAAGCUACAACACAAUAUUCAGUGUGAAAGUUUUCAAGUUCUUCAUGAAGAAACCAGAGCCUCCUACAGUGAAAAAAUAGUAUGUCAGUUGGUUAGCAGUGACCCAGAAGAUCCAGAGAAUAAUAUAAACCAGAUACUGAAAUGGAUUGAAGAGUGGAUGAAAAUUAUAGCGGUUGACUUUCAAGACUUGUCAGCUGACAGUCACUCUUAUUGCUCUCUCUGCCCACAUCAUAGAAAUUGUCCAAGUAUCAGUAAAACUUUUAUAUUAACAUUGUGUUGCAGGACUAGUUUGUGA